AUGGGUGGGUGUAUGGGAUUCAUGCCAUGGAAGGAAGGAGGAGUGGGUGUAGCCUGGGAAGGAAAGGAAGAAGAAAAGAGGAAGAAAAUGAGAAAAAAGAAACGGCCUGGGGAAGGAAAGGAAGAAGAAAAGGGGAAGAAAGUAGGAAAGAGGAAGAAAAAGAGAAAAAAGAAGCAGCCAUGUGAAGGAAAAGAAGAAGAAAAGAGGAGGAAAGAGAGAAAAGGAGAAAAAGAAGAAAAAGGAAAAAAAGAAAAAAAGGAGAUAAGAUAG